UAAUGUACAGACAGAGCAGAAGAGUUGACAAUGUGGUUGAAAACACACGAGCCAAACUUUGAACACUCAGAGGCCGGCAAGGUAAACUGGAGAAACCGGUAGCCACUCUGAUCAUGCGACCUUAAUGCAACCCCACCAACUUGAUAGAAAGUGAUCAGUACGUAUCACAGUCUAGACCUGGCAUGAACAGGCGAAAAUAGUGAAGACGUGGACUAUUUUGAAUGAAAGAAAAUGCUGUAAAGUUAUGGAGUCGCCAAAGUUUAUCAUUUGUCCCGAAUGCAAUGAAAGAUACAACGACACAAGCAAAAGAAGGUUAAUCGAUACAUGUGGUCAUCCAAGAUGUUAUUCGUGUCUUUUUAAGGACAAUCCUUGUCCUGUCUGUACAAAACUUCCUCAGCGACGGGAACGAGCUAGGACAAUGAGUCAUGAAAAAUUACUUGAAGUUGGAGAGACUGGUUUUGCUCGUUAUCAGCGACUUCUGUCGGACACCGCGGCAACAACCUUCACUGGCAUGUUUAGGAAAGAUAGUUACUUAAAAACUUUAUACAGUUACGACCCCAGUUCAAAAGGUUAUAACAUGGAAGAAACGAUACGAAAAUAUCGCUCAUUGGAAAUAUUGAAUGACAGAACAAGAACUGGAAGCAUAUGUUCAGAUGUUUCUAGCGAGACUUUCAUGUCAGCUUUGCACGAUAGUACUCCAGAACAGAGAUCCUUGAGUAGUUCCAUUGAUGAUCUCGAUCACGACAGUCCAAAAUCUUCACCAGAUCCUUCACAAGAUUGUGAGAAACAAAAGGAAUGCUGCCCUAAAGCAUGGCCAUCGUGUCCUGAUCUCUCUAGUCAAGGACAUGUCUGGCAAAUGAGACCACCAGCAAUCGAGAGAAGAAAACGCCCCAGUUCCUUGUACCAAAUAAAGUACUCCACAAAUUCACCAAGAAGUUCCCUUUAUUCUCCGCGAAGUUCGGGAUACUGGUCUGAAUUGGAGCAACUCAGUGAGUCAGAAACAUUUAGUCCAACACAAAAGCAGCCAACUGAAACUACAAGCCUGCAAAAUCAAGACCAGAGCAAAACAAUGGAAAAAACCAAAAACGCUGGAGGAGCCUCUGUAGAAGAACCAAAGACAACGAAAUCGGAGCCUGACGACCGACAAAACAAGUUAAUAGGGGCACGGCAAAUGACACGUGAUGUUUUUCAACAACCACGAUUUAAGGUGGUUCGUACAAGAUCUUCAGAAUGUCUUCCUCGAGUCUCCGACUGUGUUCGUGGAAAAACUAUCCAACGUUUUAAUUCAAUGCCAAUCGAACGCCAUACUAAGAAAAUCUCAGAAAAUAACAGACAAAGGAAAGCUUUCAUGACCGAUGUUUAGGAAAUAUUACCGACGUUUACGUUGAUUAUUCAUUGAAAUGUUGAUCGCAAUAGACAUUGCAUAAUUGACAAAACAAAAUUAUAAAUGUGGUGCAUGACUUCU